AUGCCGAACCUGUUUAAGGAAACCAACCUAUUCGAGCCCGUCGAUGGGUCCAAUUCAAUCUACGGUCGGAUUCUGCAGAAUAAAUUUCCCACGGGGACGAAUCCCGAUCCUUAUGAGGUGGACCCUCUUCCGGUGGCCGAGUUGGAAAUGGAGGAUCCCUUGAGCGCGGAGUAUCGGUACCACGAUGAACCGCUUGGUAUGUGUGGAGCUGGGGGCUUUUAUUCGGAGAGUCUUUGA